AUGAAACUAGCCGCCAGCCACAGUGUGUUGAGCACCGAGCCACCGCCUGUUGAGGGCCACGUCAUCACGUUCUCAAGCUCCCAGGGAGGAAAGGGCAAGAAGCCCAAAGGCGAGAAGGCAAGACCGGCCGACGAAACAGGAAUUCCAACCCCGGCCGUCCUGCUCCCCUUCUGCAUCGCCCACCUGCUGCUAUGCUCUCGGUUCCCUCUGGGACAAGGACAACGACCUGCUCCUUCGUUUCCUCCCACGUCAAACCAGCUCACACCGAAUUCAGCCCCGACACCGACACCGACAUCUUCCAUCGAGCUCCUUCUGCAGCGCGCCCAACUGCUGUCGGUGUUCCAUCCCGGAACAAAAGCAGAGCCCUUUGUGCAGCUCCUCUGCUCCCUUGCCGACCAGCUACACCGCGCAGCUAGCUUGUGGCUACUUUGGUCCAACGGCCUGGCUCAAGCAUUGAAGACCAAAGGACUUAACCCCAAGGCCGCCGCUAGCGUGGCAAGCUUAGCGAGGCCCGAGGAGAUCGACUCUGGUGUCGAGGCGGCGGGGACAAGCAACCUGGAGGAGAAGCAGCUAGAUAGACGAUCUCGGCAGGUUUAUGCUCCUGUCGCCAAGCUUAACAUAGAGGAGAGGACACUGUAUGUGCUUGUUUGCCCUACGCCAAAAUGCAGCCCUAAUCCUCAAAGUUGGAAGGUCAUAAGAGUACAGAAGUGCCAUAUUGGUAUGCAAGCAAAUGGCAAUGGGGAUGAAUUAGUCGAAAGGAAAGGAAAAGUCUCCCCAAAUGAGCCAGCUCCUCCAAGUUCUGCCGGAAAACAUAAUGAAGAAAACAAGAGUAGCAAUAGCAAUAGCAAUGAUGAUGAUUUUGAUUUAGAUGCCUUGGCUGAAGCACUUGAGCAGGCUGCAACAGUGGCAUCCAACACAAAGAAGAAAAACAAAUCAAAGCGUGCUACUCAUGUCCCUGCAAAAUGUUCUUCAGUGAAGGAGAAAGUAAAUGACCUGAGUAUACCAGUUCUUCCUUGUUUCUACAUCUAUUAUGAUAAGGAACAAUUGAGGGGCAAAAGCAGCGUGUGCUCAAGUAGCAAUGAAACAGUUUUGGCAGAAGAUUUGUUGGACAUGGGAAAUGAUGAAGAAGAAAAAUGGGAAGGUGAAAAAUAUGAAUAUGAUAGCGCUCCUGGUGCUGACAGAACUUUCUUAAAAUUCAAGAAACGGUUGGAUGCAUAUCCUCAACAAUGCUUUAGGUAUUCCUUUGCCGGCAAGCCAUUGUUAGCUGCGACUAACUCACGAGAUGUUGGCACAUGUAAACUUUGUGGUUCACCACGCCAAUAUGAACUCCAACUGAUGUCACCAUUAUCAUAUUUUCUCCACCAAGCUGGUGAUGGUUCCUCAAAUUGUGCACCUAAUGCCUGGAGUUGGCUGACUCUUGUUGUCUACAGUUGCUCCAAGAGUUGCUGUCCUUCAUCUUGCGGUGGAAAACCGGGCAAUUGCUGCUGGGGAGUAGUGGAGGAGGAGAUAGUGAUGCAGGAGGAUGAAGCAUGUAAUGCGUAACUUGUUAGUAACUAGUCUGAAGUCUGAACCAUGUCUAAAAAUUGUUUCACCAUUAUUGUGAUGUUCAGCUAUCUGUAAUCCUUUUCUUUUCCUUCUUGUAGUCAGUCAAUUCUACGAGUCAAUUUUGUAGAAGUUCACCGAGGUAUAGAAAGUUGAUUGGCUCAAUUUAUAAAUUUAAAGGUGGAAAACGUAAUUGCACUGUAAUUUAAACUCUCCAUUAGUUUGUUUUUAUCCGUCUCC